GCGCGCCCAUGUGGCCCUGCACACGCCCGCAUUAUCAAUUGCUAUCUUCUUCUACCUUGCUCCAUCUCCUUCACCUUCACCCCCGCUAUCAGCCAGCUCUUGCGUGCCCUCUGGAUCUGGAUCUAGAUCUAGCUGACUGGCUCCCGCCCUCCCUCCUCCGUCCCUAUAUAUAAGCCCACCCGUUGGUUGGAGCCGUGAGCCAUCACCACUCCCCACUGCCUUUGCCGAGAAGAAGAGAUCAUUGGCCAGAGCGAGAGUUCACCGUUCAACAACACCCCUUCACUAAACCUUGCUCACUUCCAACGAUCAUCCAUCGCCACGCCACGCACAGGGAGAGAGAGAGUGCGUGUGUUGAAGAGAAGAUGAAGCUCGCCGGGAGCCAGAGGAGAGGAGGAGGCUUGAGCAGGACCUUGAAGGAGCACAGGGCCAGGCUCUACAUCAUCAAGCGCUGCGUCGUCAUGCUCCUGCGGUGGCACGACUGACUCCCUCCCUCCUCCUUCCGUUCCAUGGAUGGUGUUUGAAGCGAAGAUUUCUUUUCUGUUUUUUGGAUCUGUGAUUCGGUUGUGCCGUGCCCGUGCCAGAAUGGCGUCGGCCGGCGCAGGUUGUACAUACUACAGAAGAGGGCAGUUAAUUAUAGCAGUAGAAGUAGCAAAGCAAUAGGAUUAGGAUCUACUUAGUGUUCGUUGAUUCACCACUUUCAGUCCAGGCAAGUGUGUCCCAGCAUUUUACUGUUCUUGCAUCAUUGUAGAGCACUGGAGGAAUCCAACAUCAGCUGAAAUUAAGAGAAGUGAUACUGUUCUAGCUC